AUGAAUAAAUACACAUGCUUUUUUAUAAACCAAAAUAUUGAAGACAUCUAUCAAAAGAAUCAUUAAAUGUCACAAAGAAUAAGUUAAUUUAAACUAUUUUCCUAUACUGUAACAAUUGGAUUGGUAAUUAAAAUCAGUAUGAUGAUAAACUAAGGUAUUAUUGACAAAAUAUAUCCUCAUAUUGCCAUGUUAAUUACUCUAACAAUUUAUAAUCUAAUAAAAUUCGAAAGCAGUUAAAAAAUACGAAUGGCUCAGAUUUCAAUAAACACUUUAUUUACAUUGUAUGUCCUUUAAUAUGAAGUUUUUACUGACAUUAUUGCGUAAAACUACAAUGGUGGGAAUCAAAUGGCAGCGAAUAUAUUAAACAGUAUAAUGGGUGAAUUCCCAGAGGCGGCAUUUGGAACAUUAGUUGCUUUGGCAAUGAGAUUAUAUUAUUUCGUUUCUUAUGGAGAAUUAAAGAAUAUUAAUGUUAUGGCAAUAAAUGCUUCCAUUCAUUUUGUAUGGAUAUAUUACUUAUAUAACUUUAAUAAAGCCAAAAGAUCACAGUUCAUUUUAACUUUAGUUGACAACAAAUGGGAAAAAAUAUUUUAAUAAAUAUUUCAUAACAACAAGAAAUUUGUUUUGCUGCAUUAUGAUGAAGAAGAGUUUAAAAUUAAGAAGGUCUUGUAAACUAUCCUACCUUAAAGCACAUCUUUGCAAGCAUUUUUAGAAUAUAUUCGCGAGGUUAAAUGCAAUAAUCAACCAAUUCAGAAUUUCUUUUUUUAAUAAAUUAAUAAACAUAAAAAAAAUUAGUAAGAUGUAAUUAAUUAAUAAAUUCUUCUCAAAUAUGAAAGGAAAUUGAUUUAAUUUCAUUUUUCGCUCUUUUUUGGAGACAAACCUAUCAUUCUUCUAGUCAAUGAGGAUUAAACAAAAUCUAGCAUUGAUGUCAUAUCUCAAUCUACAGUAAUACUUAAAAUACUCAAGAACUUAGUCAAUAUCAUAGAUUCAAAUAAGUAGUACAACAAAAGGAAAUUCUUUUAGUUAUCUUAGUUUAUAAAAAUAAAAUAUUUGAUCGGGAAAAUUAAUUCAAGAAAGAAGUCAAUUUAAAAGAUUAAUCUGAAUAAUUUUGUCAAUAAAAUAGCAAAUAGAUAUAAGCGAUAUAUAAUUGUGUAAACUUAUGGCAUGCAAUGUGAAGUUAUGAUUUUAGAAGAUGUUUUUCAUCUUUUCUUGCUUGUUGUUUUUGGUAACACUAGUAAAAAGAAUAUCUAAGCUCAAAUAUUCAGAGAUUUUGAUUGUAAAGUUCAUUUAGUAUUUGAAGGAUACUUUAGAUAGGAUAUUAUUAAUAUCCAUUAUCAAAAAUUCUAAUUCUACUUUGCUCUUAUAAUUAGUAACUGUUCUAUACAAGAAAAUUGUAUUAAAAUUGAGUUAAAUGAGGAAGUUUUGUACCCUUUUACCAAUAAUUAACAUAAGAUUUCUUGA